GUUGUUAUAGUUAUCGCUCUAUCCAUUAAUUAUCGUAAUCGAAUCUAACAAAAGUGUAUUUUGAUUAAUAUUAAAUUCUUUUUCAUACAAUGAUAUCCGUUCUUAAAAGGCGUUUUGAGUGCCCGAAGUUGUUUGUGGGUUAUUUAAUUAGAGCCGCUGGUUUAAAGAAUUUUGCUCGGCAGAAGGAGUAUGGAUAUGUUGAGAAAGUCGAACGGCCAAAACUACGAGUUAUGGAAAGAGUACCGCAAUAUCCACCCAAUCUUCGACCGCCAAAAAUGCAAAAAAAGUUGAAGUACAUGAGAGGUCCUGAAAUCAUUCAUAAUGAACUUGUUCACAAACAAUAUGGCAUAGUUGCUGAAAGUGGUGGGCGCUUGCGAUGGGGACAUUUCGAAAUGUUACGCCUUACGAUUGGUCGCAAAAUGGAUGUCAACAGAAUGUUUGCAACAUGGAGGGUGCCAGCGCCUUGGCAACCUGUAACCAAAAAAGGUCAGGGGCAACGCAUGGGUGGCGGGAAAGGCGCCAUAGAUUAUUAUGUCACGCCUGUCAAGAAAGGGCGGGUUAUUCUUGAAAUUGCCGGCACAUGCGAAUUUGUAGAAGUAAAGCCAUUUUUAGAGUUAGUAGCGCAACAGUUACCUUUCAAAGCCAAAGCAGUAUCAGAAGAAAUGUUGAGUGCCUCAAAGCUGAAGGAGGAUGUAACUCUGGAAGGCAAAUACUUAAAAUACAUAAUACAAAAUAAUUUAAGCGGUUGCCAUAGAUGGCUUUCUCCCGUUGAUCACAAAUGGUUUGGGAAAUAUAUUUAGUUAUAACCAAAAUCGUGAUGGAAUAAUUAUAGGCGAUAAAAUUUUACAUUUUUAAACCGA